GUCAGAACAAGCUCAUGGCAGACCACUUGGCAGAGUAGCAAAAUCCAAAGACUAUCUCAUGCUGCAGCAAACCUCUUCACGGGGUGCUUGCACUAGACAAAAGAAAGCGAACCGAGAGAAAUUGCGUCGUAGUAUUGAUCCCACCGCACUUGUUGUUCAGAGUCGGGAAUGAGCUUGACUCACACCUGAGCAUUCAAAACUGCAAACUGUUCUCCCAUGCAUAUGCUCAAGCCUGGAAUUAAGAAACUGAAUGCAGUGCAGCGGCCAUGUUCACGAGGUGUUUUGUUUCCAGUCCCAUGCGCAGAUGGAGCCGAAGGUGAACUUGAAGCAGGUGAACAGGGCAGUGGCUGCGUGCAGCAACACAGAAGAUUGGAAAGCUGCGUUGUGCCUGAUGCACAAGCUGUCAGGUCUUCAGUUGCAGGCAGAUGAGUUUACAUAUAGAGCAACAAUCCAAGCAUGUGGAUCCAAAGCGUGGGAAACAUCACUUCUCCUUUUGAAAGAGACAUGCAUGAGCUUCAUGCCCAACAAGUUCAUCUUCAGCGCUUGCAUCUCCUGUGCGGCAAAAGCGGGUCAAUGGCACAUCGCUUUGUCGCUUUUGAACGACAUGCAACAACAGGAGGUGAAGGCAGAUAACAUUUGUUUUAAUUCUGUACUCAGCGCAUUUCAGAAGAAGGAGUGGCUGAAGGCUAUCGAGCUCGCCAACAGCAUUUCAAAGCAGACAUUGCGACUGGAUGCGUUCAGCUUUAGUACUCUCUUGUCUGUUCCAAGCUGGCCCCGUGCAAUGGCAAGACUGCAAAGCAUGGAGACCUCAUACAUUGCACCGGACCUGUUCUGCUUUUCCUCUCUUUUGACCUCAAGAGAUUCACCAUGGCAGCAGGUCUUGAAAGGUUUGGCACGUGUGGCUUUCUUGAGACUACAGCCAAAUCGAGUACUCUACAACUCCGCAGCAGGAUCAAGCAAAUGGCAGACAAUCCUCGCCUGGCCUGUAAGGACUAUGAGGACUAUGACACCUGCAAUUCAGGCUUUCACAGGCAAAUGGAGACACUGCGUCGACCUGUUCCAAAGAACCAUUAUUUUGGAUGUGUUUGGGACAAGUACCCUGAUGGAACGAUUGCGGAAGUUCAGACUCUGGGAGCUGGCAGUCUCGCAGUUGGACCGGGUAAUGCACUUGGGCUUGCAACCCGACCACCAUGUUUAUCAUGCGGCGGUGAUUUCUUUGAAGGAGUUUGGAACCUGGACCUUCUCCUUGUUGAUGUUCAGCUUGAUGACACAACGGCGAAUCGACCACGACAACUUUAGCUAUUCUGCAGUGCAAUCCGACGAGUGUUGGCCACUAGCAUCAGCACUGAUGCAGGAAAUGCAUCAACGCUCUCUGGAGCUGACGAUUUGGAACGUGCCCCUCGGACCGGCCCCUUGGGUCAAUGCUUUGGAGCUUCUCCGGAUCAUGACUAUGACAUUACUAGAUGUGGAUGCAGCUUCCUUCAACGCUGCCAUUACUGGUUGUGGUGAUUGGCAAAUGGCCCUCGAACUUCUAGCUCAAAUGGACUGCAGGGCAGUGCAAAAAGAUGCUUUUGGAUACAGUGCGAUCAUAAGAGCAUCGGUAAAAAGAUCUGAGUGGCUCCGGGCCUUACACUUCUUAACAUCCAUGGAGCAGCUUGCCAUCAAAGACCCCUCCAGCGUAGCCUUCAAUGCAGCACUCAGCGCCGAUUUUUUGGGCGACUGGCGGAAGACCCUCGAUAUGCUGCUGACCGGCAGAGCACGUCGGACGCAGAUCACCGAGAUCACCUUUAGCACAGCUAUUGCGGCAUGCGAGAAUGGCAUGCAGCAGCAACUGGCUUUAUCUUUGCUGUGGGACGCAGAGGAAGCUGGAGUGCUGCCAGUGGCUUCAUUUCUUGUUGCAUGUGGCCGUGCGAGUGUCCGUGAUCCAGUGGCAAUCCACUCAGCUUUGACGGAGGCAUCAAUGGCAACGAGAGACGCACGACCGACGCCAGCUGAAAUUGCCCAGUUCUGGCGCUCGUGUGCCCUUCUAGGUGCCUGCAGCUCCGAAUUCCACUGGAAGCUCAAAGAGCAUAUGCAGCCACUCGAAGCUUUCAAACUGGAGGAGCUUGUGCUAGUGGCCUGGGGGGCAGCUGCAUUCCCAACGCCUAGUGGCCUGCAAAUACUGGAACUCCUUCAGAAGGAACUAGUCUUGCGCUUGCAGCUGCCGUCCGAGAAAAGACGGCAAAUCUUAUGGAGGCAGAACAUGUUAGGACUCUUGCAAGCCUGCAGCUUUCUGGGCGUACUCAGUGCGAAUUGCCUGCAAGACGUUGACCUUGCUCUACGGAGCCUGGGACGAAGCCUCGACGCUAUCGACAGUCGAACAGUUCCAUCUCCCAUUUCACCGCCUUCGGACCUUUCAGAAGAUGGAACAACUGGGAGACCGGAUCGGACCGGGCGAGGACCGAGCGUACCUUUGGUGCAAAUGGACUUAGAGGAUCGAAUGGUUCUAUUGAAGCCAGUCGAUUGGGAAGUCCAUGAUGAGAACAUGGAGCAGCAGGUGGUUGGCUUCUUGCAGAGCUCCGGAUUCUCAUUACCAAUCCUCAAGGACAAAGACUUCGGCCAAGGCUUUUUGCAUCGAUUGGAUGUGCCAAGCUCCGGGCUGCUUUUGCUGGCCAAGACCUACGAAGCUCAUUGCGAUCUAUCUGUUCAGCUGGCAUCUGGCCAAAUUCAGCGUGACUAUUCGGUCCUGUCUCAUGGGUGGGCUGUGCGCACCGAGAUUCGAGCACAAGUCUAUUGGAGGCGGGCACCGGUGACGCAAUCCAGCGGGCAAGGCAAGCCCGCUCUCACCAAGGUGAAGAUACUGAAUCAUUAUAUUCUGCCAACUGCAGCAAGUUUGAUGGCCAUUCGCAUCAUUACUGGCCGCCAGCAUCAGAUACGCACGCACUGUGCGCAUGUAGGUCACCCUUUGUUGACUGACGGAAAAUAUUCGAGCACCGUCACCUACAUGAAUGAUCAACAAUUGUCCAGCCACAACGCUCUCCAUCGGCAGCGAUUGGCUUUUCGUGAUCUUUGUGGCAGAGUCCAAGAGGUCACAGCCCCUUUGAGUCCGGAGUUUGCGUCAGUGCUUGAGCAGCUGGUGCCCAAGUCCAAGGCGAAUGUGCAGAUGUGAAACCAUCAACAAGUGUGAA